GCGCCUGAAUCCACAUAGUGCAAAACUCUCCAUUUUUCUAGAUUCUGGGUGAUCAAGAUGAAUUAAAUCCUUUACCUCGGGAGACGCUUUCCUCUAAUUGAGCGUCUUUCCGCUUAUUUAAUCUAACACUGGAGGCCGCACCGUUAUCUUCAAGGCUGUUCGUCAGGCAACCUAUUGGGCACUCCAAGUGCGGGGUCCUCGCGGCCUUCUCUGCCGCUUCAGCUUCGGUCCAGAGAGGCCCCGCCGUCAAAGCCCUGACUUGCCCAGCUGUCGGGAAAAUGAUCCACAGUCUGUUUCUCAUAAACUGUUCUGGUGACAUAUUUCUAGAGAAGCACUGGAAAAGUGUUGUGAGCCAGUCUGUCUGUGAUUAUUUCUUUGAAGCUCAGGAGAAAGCUGCUGAUGUUGAAAAUGUACCACCUGUCAUUUCAACACCUCACCACUACCUCAUCAGUAUCUACCGGGAUAAGCUCUUCUUCGUGUCUGUCAUACAAACUGAAGUGCCACCUCUCUUUGUAAUUGAAUUUCUACACCGAGUUGCUGAUACUUUUCAGGACUACUUUGGUGAGUGUUCAGAGGCAGCAAUUAAGGACAAUGUGGUCAUAGUAUAUGAGCUCUUGGAAGAAAUGUUGGACAAUGGAUUUCCACUGGCUACUGAAUCUAACAUUUUAAAAGAACUGAUUAAACCACCAACAAUUCUGCGUUCUGUUGUCAACUCUAUUACAGGCAGUAGUAAUGUAGGGGAUACGCUCCCCACUGGGCAGCUGUCCAACAUCCCAUGGCGCCGGGCAGGAGUAAAGUAUACAAACAAUGAAGCCUAUUUUGAUGUCGUUGAAGAAAUAGAUGCAAUUAUAGAUAAAUCAGGAUCUACAGUCUUUGCAGAAAUUCAAGGGGUCAUUGAUGCGUGCAUUAAACUAUCUGGAAUGCCUGAUCUCUCUCUCUCUUUCAUGAAUCCAAGGCUUCUAGAUGAUGUCAGCUUCCAUCCUUGCAUCCGGUUCAAGCGUUGGGAAUCUGAAAGAGUUUUGUCAUUUAUUCCUCCAGAUGGAAAUUUCCGUCUCAUUUCAUACCGUGUCAGCUCACAAAAUCUUGUGGCAAUACCAGUAUAUGUAAAACAUAGUAUCAGCUUUAAGGAGAACAGUUCUUGUGGCAGAUUUGAUAUAACAAUUGGACCAAAGCAGAAUAUGGGAAAAACUAUUGAAGGCAUUACAGUGACGGUUCACAUGCCUAAAGUUGUGCUGAAUAUGAACCUGACACCAACACAAGGCAGCUAUACAUUUGAUCCAGUCACCAAGAUACUAACAUGGGAUGUAGGGAAAAUUACUCCACAAAAACUCCCAAGUCUUAAAGGACUGGUAAAUUUGCAGUCUGGAGCACCUAAACCAGAAGAAAAUCCAAGCCUCAACAUACAGUUCAAGAUCCAGCAACUUGCUAUUUCAGGCUUGAAAGUAAACCGUUUGGACAUGUAUGGGGAGAAAUAUAAGCCAUUUAAAGGAGUCAAAUAUGUCACAAAAGCUGGAAAGUUCCAAGUGAGGACAUGAGAAGAGGCCAAAAUUCCUCAAGAUCCGUUUGUUUUCCAAGUGUCAUUACAAUUUAUUACUAUUAGGUACCAAGUGGGUGGGAAUAUAUAUUCUCCUUAAAGCAUAUGUGUCUAGUUACACACCACUAACAGAGGUUGCUUAGUAAAGUUCUUAAGGAACUUUAAGCUAAGAAAACUUUUCUAAUGACUUAGCUUAUUUUAUAUCUUUUCAUUUAGGAAGAUUUUGGAACUGAUUUCUUCCAUGGGGGGUACCUGCUGGAUGCUGCACACUGUAAAGGCCGAAGGCCACAACGGUAACCUGUCUCCUAAAGCAAGCCAACUGGGCUCAUCCAGCAGGAGCAAGUCGUAAUCUGUUAUGUGUCAGGUGCAGCCAAAUGUCAUUACCUUCUGAUCUUAGCCGUCCCAACAGUACCGUCCUAAAAGGAAAUUCCCCUACCCAAGAAGUUUACAGAAACUGCCUCUUCAAGUGUUUGCCUUAUUCAGCUUUUCACUUAUGCCAUUAAGCAAGCACUGUAGCAAAAGCCACUCCAUACGGCCCUGGCAGGGAGCACCGCUGCUCCAUGCUCCAUCCUCACUGUACUUGGUAUUGUAUUUUUUAUAAAUAAGAUUUUUAUGUAAAAGCUCAGAUUUUGAUUUACAAGAAACUUGCUGCAGUAAAUGCCAUCUCAAGUUCGUGCCACCACUUCAGCUGUUAGAUAGCACAGUAAAAAUCAUUUGUAUCAAAGGGGCAAAUGCUUUAUAAAGGUAAUAAAAGGGAACACUUCUGCUUUUAGGAAGUUACUGCAAGCACAACUGUUGUGCUUUUAAGCAAAUUAAAAUAGUAAAAAGAGAAACCUUAGCCAUCUUCAUGUUUUGUAAUGCUUUAUCCCACAGCACUAGUCAGCCUGUCUCAUGUCCCAGCUCACAAAAGAAGGAAACUGUCUGCCUCCCUGUCAUGACUCCUUCUGUUUUCAAUUUUUUAAUCUUUUUUUGUUGUUGUUCUUAAAAGAUUGAAUUUGCCUGAAUCCCUUUUCCUUAGGGAGAACUCUGUUUCAUAUUAUGUGUGCAUAUCAAAGCUGUAGUAACAGAUUUCUUUCUGAAACUGUUGUCAAAACUGUUUACUGCAGUACUUGAAUGUCUCCACCAUCCUGACAGGUACAUGGAAAAGCAUUAAGUUAAGGCAGAAUUUAAGCAACAUUUACGAUACCAUAUUGAUCAUCAUGCCUAUAUAGUAGAAUCUUUCCCUCAGUUCAUUGGCUUGGUAGUCCUUACCAGCUACUUUACCUUAUGUGGCAUAAAGAAAUGGAGGAAGACUGAGGGUUAUAAUCUAGGCGCCUACGGUUCCUGUUUCUUGUUCUUAAACUGUUAGUUUUAAUUGUUCCAUUCUUCUUUCAUUCUUCUCAGCUUCUCACUUUCUUGCCCCUUACCAUACUAAAGGUACCUCUUAGACUCAUCCAGUUAUUAGUGGUAGGUGCAUCCACUUUUUAGCAUUCUUACUUUUGUUUGCCUUGGGUAUUCAAGCUGCCUUCAUUUGCUAUUUAUCUGCUAAGAGUAACUGUUCCUGGCACAUGAGUGCAUCACAACACUUGGGAGGCUGAGUCAGAAGGACCUAAAGUUUGAGGCUAUCCUGGGCUACAUAGCAAGCCUUCAUAAAAACAAAAAUAAAAGAUCACUUGCAGUUUACUGAUCUCUAUAGUAACUAAUCUCAAAUUGGUAGCUAAAAUUAAAAUGUUGCCAAAUAUUUAAUCCCUGAACCUAAGAUUGUCUAGUUCAUCUGCAUUUACUAAUUUUAAUACCUUACUCAGUAGAGUUCUUGUCUUAAUCACAAUCAAAACAUUGCUUUUUAGCUGGGCAUGGUUCUGCACUUUGGAAGUUGAGGCAGGAAUAUUGAGCCACAAGUCUGAGGCCAACCUGAGCUACAUAAUGAGUUCAAAGCUAGCCUAAAUUGCAUUAUGAGACCUUGUCCAAAAAAAACUGCUUUUCUUUCUGUAGAAUCUCUAAUGUUAGUCAUUUGUAUCUGCUGUCCAGUCUUCCUCCUAUGCUAUUUUUUCUUACAUCCAAGUAGAAUGUAUGCCAAGAGCCCUUUGCUUCUAGCAAUUUCUAACACAUCCAAGUAGGCUAUUUCUUUUACAAUUAAAUUAUUAUAUUUAUUAAUUCGGUAGAAUCUAAUGAAUCCUCUCUCUGGCUCUGGCUAUAUUGUCAAUAAAAAGAUGAAAGCAACAA